GCAUGCCAUGGUAACAAUUGUUUUUUUUUGCUUAUGGUAUUGAUAUAAUAUUUUAUAUAGGUCGUACAACUAUUGUAAUUGCUCAUCGUUUAAGUACAAUUCAAAAUGCUCAUCAAAUAUAUGUAUUAGAAAAAGGAAGUGUAAUUGAACAAGGUACACAUGAAACAUUGAUGGUAAAAGAAGGAGGCAAAUAUCAAGCAAUGGUCAAACGUCAACAAAUGGAAGGAAUUUACGACGAUCAAGAUAAUAUGAUGACAUGUAUACUUAAUGGAGCAGCUCAACCAUUGUUUGCAUUUUUACUUGUCAAAAUAGUUGAAGCUUUCAAAUAUUGUUCAAUCUCAGAACGACGUCAUCACAUAGUGCUUACUAGUUUUCUUUUUUUACUUUUGGGUGUUGGUUUAUUUAUUCUUCGUUUCUUCCAGUAUACAGCUUUUGCCAUAUCAGGAUCAAAAUUGACGCAACGUAUUCGUUCGAAAGCUUUUGCAUGUCUUCUUCGUCAAGAAGUUGCUUAUUUUGAUCGACCCGAAAAUAGUUCUGGUGCAAUUUGUACUCGUCUUUCUUCUCAUGCAUCAGCUAUUCAAGAGAUGACUGGUACACGAUUAGGAGUUAUCUGUGAACUUGCUAUUGAAGUUCUCCACAAUAUGCGUACAAUAAAACAGUUAUCAAUAGAAAAGGAAAUAUUACGACAAUAUUCUGAACUUAUUCAUAAACUAUUUAUAUCAUCUUGGAAACCUUUAUUACUAUCUUCAAUGAUAUCUAGUGUAUUUUGGACACUAGAUGGAUUUGCUAUAGCAUUUCUGUAUUGGCGUGCUCUCAUCCUUAUUGAAAAGAAUGAACUCACCUCAAAUCACAUUAUGACGAUGUUUGCGUUGAUUGUUUUUACAAUACAAGCACUAAAAGUCCUCGGGAUGACAUCUAUCCGUGUUGCUGCAUCAAUUUCAGCUGCUGAAGCAUUUUUUGAUUUAUUUGAUCGAAAACCAGCUAUCGAUAAUACAUCUACUGAAGGACAAGAAUUAGUUGAUUUUCAUGGAGAGAUCAAAUUUGAUCAAGUCAAAUUUAUCUAUCCAACUCGAUCAACAGCUAUAAUUCUUGAUACAUUCCAAUUGAAUAUCAAGCCAAGUAAGUGUGAUAAUUUUCGAUUUAAUCAUUUGUUUUACAUUUUUAUUCACUGAUAAGGUCAGCAUGUAGCUCUAGUUGGUAUGUUUCAAUUAGAUGUUUAUUCUUUUGAAUGUUAAUCACGUAAUAUGAUCAAUAUAGGUAGAUCUGGAUGUGGAAAAUCAACAAUUAUUCAACUAUUGGAACGAUUC